AGUUCAAGGCUGUGCAGCCCUGCAAACCCGACUUGCUGUUUUGCAGAAAUUUCGCAGUUUGCCGGCAAAGGAUGAAGUGCGCAGUUCUCAGUUGCGGCACCAGUUCCGUAUACUAGACCGUAGCAAAAGAUUCCGGUAAAAACAUCGCUGUUUUCUGGACUUUUCCAAGUACCCGGUCAACUUUCCACCGGAAAAGCGACGCAGCCCUGACGAACAAAACGAGAGGAGGAAUCCCAUUAUCUGCGGCGAACUUUUCAAACAUGCGGUCUUCAAGGGCAGCCGGUUAUUCUGAAUGGGGGAAUCUGCUAUUCGAAAACAAAGACCAUGUGGAAAGGGCGCGCAAAGUGAGCUCCUCGAGACAGAGGAACAAAAAGCGGCUGGAGUUGCUCUUGGCAGAGGCGGAGGAUAGUGAUGCAACUCCCACUGUUUCCACCAUUGCUACUCCCACUCCAGACAGUGCGUUCUUCGAUAGCCACUCCGACGAGAUAGACUCUGUAAGCCAGGAUUCGGAUGCAAUCCCAGAAAGAAAGUGCCGCACCUGCUUUCGAAUCCUAUCACUGGAUACCAAUGUCAAGGAUCUUUAUGACAAGAAAAACAGUGGUCUUCGCUACGACUUGGAGUCCCUCACCGGGGUGCGGAUACAAAGAGGAGUGAAAAGUUUACCCCAUCACAUCUGUAAAACUUGCCAGGUGAAUCUGAAGAAAUCCAUUGAAUUCCGUGAUAGAUGCAUUCAGAUAGAUAAAAAACUUAACCAAACUACAGAAACUGUCUCAAAGUACGGUUUCCAAAAUUGUGACGACGAAAUCGAAUCGGAGCUGGAGAAUGUCCUCUACGAACAGUCCGCCCAGCAAACCAAUGAAGCCUCGGGAGUAAAUUUAAAACUAGACUUUUUGUCGGUCAGUGAGUGUGCUCUAGAUGAUCUGGACUUCCCACUAGAACUAGAGUCAAAUGAUUCCCCGUCAAAAGAAGAUGAUUGCUCCGUUAAUGAAGAUAUUGAUCUCCCUCUAAAAGAAGUUGAUUUGGAAGAAAAGAAAUCAUCGAGAAAACCAAAGCAUGCUUGCAACGAGAUUGUAAGCAUUAAGAAAUGUGAAACCAAAGAAGAGAUUGGAAAGGUGGCUCCCGGAGAUCAGGUCUAUAAGGUAGUGUUAAGUGAAUGCAAUCGCAAUGAUGAGACAAAGUCCUCCGAACCGAAAAAGAAACUGCAAAAGCACUCACUGCCAGUGCCAAAGUACAAACCGAGAUUGAGCGACGAGGAGAAAAGAAAAAGGCGCCGCGAAAGGGUUCAAGCUCAGCCAUUCAAGCACGUCUGCGAACAGUGCGGCCACUCCUUUCGCCAAGUCUGCCAUCUGCAGAUGCAUCUGCUUCGGCACAAUAGCUCCAAGAACUUCGAUUGUCCAGAGUGCCCGAAGAAGUUCUACGACUCAUAUUCCCGCAACAUUCACCUAAAGGUGCGACACAAGGGCGAAAAUCCGUUUCCCUGUAAUCAUUGCAGCGAGUCGUUCGCAAGCGGAAGCACUCGUCACAAGCACGAGAGGGAAGUUCAUGGUGCAGGACCCCGUAUUCUUGCUCGACAGAGCGUAAAGAAACACGUCGGUCGACAUUUUUGCACCAAGUGCACAAAGAGUUACAAAUCCAAGAAGGCUUUAAGCUACCAUAUGAACUCACACGACGGAACCAAGCCCUUUGAGUGUAAGGUUUGUGGGCGAGGAUUUACGGACCCAUCUGCUUUAAAGCGGCAUCAAUCGCUACACGAUAAGUUUCCGUUCUACUGUGAAUUUUGCCUCAAGGGGUUCCUACUGCGUUGCAAACUAACCGAACACCAGAAGAUACACACUGGAGCACGUCCUUACUGCUGUGAAAUCUGCGAUGUUUACUAUCGUCAUAGGUAUAAUCUAAACAAACACUACAAAACCAAAACGCACCACAAUAAUGUGCUAAAAGCUCAGGAAGAUGAACGUAAUGGACUGGAGAAAACGCUUCACGAUUUUUUGAACUACUGAAGAUAAAUUACCAUGCUAUACAAUCAUUUGGUUUAAAGAAUCUCAGACAA